AUGGUGAGGAAAAGAGAUGUGCACCUAUUAUCAGUCCAGUGGAGAGGCCUGCAUCAACAGAUUAACACCAGGAAAAGUGUAUUCAGCGCUGGUCCAGAUGCGGGAAUACUGACGUUUCUUUCGCACGAUCCACUGAAGCCGUUUAAAAGGUCUCUCAUCCCUCCAAGUAGAGGGGACGAGAGGCUUCUUGUAACAUAGUAACUUCGUCCAUCAUCACAAGUAAGCUCCCCGACAUAAGUUGAAGUUCGAAAUUCUUGGCAAUCGUAAUAAAUCGUCAGCAGCUCGGUGCCAGAGACCAGUCGAAGGACGUUUUCGUUGAAAGGUUCAGUUAAUGGGUUUUGGGGACAAACAUCGGUUAUAUACUCCGAUCUAGCGAGUUUUAUGAUACGGGAGGUAGGGUAGUUUGCCUGUAAGAUUGUGAAUUUGACGGAGGAGAUGCUAACCUCUGGGAAACCGGAGUUUGUGUUACAUUCGAGCUUGUACUCAGGGUGGCCGCACUCGUCUCUGCCAGUAAUCCAGAAUGGGUACGAGAGAUCAUUCUGAUUGCCGCAACUAAACGGUUGACUGCAGCGUCUGUGAUGCUCAUCAGCUGAGAAAACAAAUGAUGGGAUUACAAAGAGCAUCCAUACGAUUCUAUAGUACAUAUAUUUUGUUGGGGAGAGAAAUAGAUUGAUCAUUGUGUUGGAGGUCAAUAGGAAAACGGGUGAAGAAGAAGAAGAUAUGAAGGAAAUGGUGAAUGUCUUAGUUUUGUAAGAGUUGAACUAAAGGAACCUAUGUUUGAUCUUUUUGACCAACCUUCACUAUAUUAAUUUUGUAAUGUUUCUUUCUAGAAUAUAUAUUUUCCUAAUCGAAGUUUCUUUGGAAUUAGGUGGCUUGCAACGAAGACUUUGAAUGUAUAUUGGUAAACGACGAUAGCAAUAGUGAUGUAAAACGAGUUUUUUUCUUUCUUUUUGUUAAUAGAAUAUUCAAACGAGUUCCCACUUUGGACUAUGUCCAAAGUUGGAUACUUCUUUAUCAUUUGUAUUUUCUGUUAUUUUGUUUUUUUCCUGAACGACGACUUAAAAAGUCAGGUUCUUGGAAUUUUCUCAGAAGGACCUAAUUGACAAUAAAUAAAAAUCCCCAAAACUAUGUUCUGGUUUUACAAAUUUUGACCAGAGCAAUAGUACCUUUCCGUCAUUGUUGUUUUACAGUUUCAGAGAAUCUAAAGAAUUUUCAGAGAAAUGGAGUGUGGAAUAAGGCAAACAACACAAUUUACUACAGAAACUGACUGAUAUAGAAAAAAUAAAAUGCAAUAAAUUAAAGAAAGUGACAAAUGCUAAAGCUAAUGUCAAUUUUUCUAGAGAGCAAGAAGACGUCAAUCCAGUUAAGUUCAUAUCUGGUUCUCACCUUCUCCUUCAAGCUCACUAGUAAGCUAUGUGACUAAUGCCUAUGUCUUAAUGUGUGAGAAUCAACAAAAGAAGGUCGAAACAAAAAUAGAGUAGAAUGAGAAAAAACUUGGUAAAAGGAAAUCUACGAUUAUAGGAAAUGAUCCUGGGCUUAUCUAAACUGCAACUUCAGUACAAGUUGCUAAGGAAGAGGCUUAUCAAAUAAUGAUGAUGUACAAGAAAACUAACCAUCAGUUGGAUGGACUCUACUGCAUACUGAUGAUGAGGCAUUCUUGCAGCAAACCUGUGUACUAUCGAAGCCACAUGUUCCAUUAGAGGAUAAACAUCCUUGACACGCUUUCUCAUCAAUCUUCAGCUUCACAUCAAACCCUUCUCUUAAAGCACUUUCCAAAUUGGUAAUGUUCAACUCUUUCUCUUCUGGAACGAAGCUCUUAGGAACGUUAAUUGUGAAACUGUCAUCACAAGAAUUGUGAUAAUCAAGGGUUUGAGAUACUGAGAUAAGACCUCUACCAGGACAGGUAUAGCUCGAAUGGUAAGGAAGCUUAGGGUUGCAGAGGUAGAAGACAGUGAGGCUCUUGUAGGUUGGUGAAAGCUCAAAGAUAUCAGGAGGCAAGGUUGCGGCUGUGAAUGUAGCGUUGCAAAAAGAGACUCUAAGCUCUGAUCUGUCGAGUCUAAGAGUCUUAGAUUUUGGAUCUAUAUGGAGAACAUCGUAGAGAUGGUUUGAGAUGAUCAUAGAUGUGGUGUUUUUAUAGCAGUGAAGCUCCAGUGAUGGGUGACCGCAAAAUUGGGGACGGUUCCCACCAGAGAAGGGGAAACCUGCGGUGAUGUUCCCACACUCGAACAGAGCCUCACACCAUCCAGGUUCUUUUUUACUUGGAGCACAAGAAAGAUGGUGGAAUAAGGAGAAAAGGACGAAAAAGAGCAGACAAGAAGUGGGGAGAUAGUACAUGACUUGAUUGAGAUCUAUGAACAGCGUGUCUUUAGGGGUGGGUUUGUGUUGAGAUAACCAGAGGAAGUGAUUUUAAGAGAGAGAGAGAAGCAUAAAGAUGAGGUGGAAAGGGUAAGGGACCAAAGAGGCAAAAAUCAAGUCAAGUGGGAUAGUGACAUUAUUAUUUUACUUUGAAAGACUUUAUUUUAUUUUUUCUCUACGCUAGAACUUUGAAAGACUAUUGGAGGAAAAUUUAUGGGGUUGGAGGACAAGAUUACAAAUCCUUCCACUGCUAUUUCAAUCCUUAUGUACGAUAUUUAAGGACUUGUGGGAACACUGCAUGGUGCAUGAAUCAUGAUAUAGACAUUUUUCAGACUGUCCAAGGUUUGAGGUCUUAGGAUGAUUAUGUGAACACUAUAUAUCAGAUUGAUGUCGAAGAAGAACACUCAGUUAGUGAAAGGGAGACUAAAUGCUAAGUUAAUGUCAAUUUGCUGGAGCCGGAAGAAAUUUUAAGUGCACUUAGGUUUAUAUCUUGUUUCAGUUCUUUUUUAAACUCACUAGUAAGCUGUCUAAAACUAAAAGUGUGAAAAUUUAAACAGUUGAAUAUCGG